AUGGCUGCGGUCUGGUUGGCCUUUUUCCUAGUGGCACUGGAACGGACCAUAAUCGGCACCGCAAUACCGGCUAUUUCACAAGAAUUCAAAAGCUUUGGCGACAUAGCGUGGUACGAGGCUGGGUUUUUACUGCCUCUUUGCGUUCUACAACUGCCAUUUGGCCUUGUUCUCAAGUACUACCCCACGAAAUGGGUGCUGCUCUUGCAUGUGGCUAUUUUCGAAAUCGGUUCCAUCGUUUGCGCCACUGCACCGUCCUCAAAUGCACUGAUCGUCGGUCGAGUCAUCAGUGGGAUUGGGGGUGCAGGCAUUGGACCUGGGUCCUUCCUGCUGAUUACCUAUCUUGUCCCUCUGAGUUCACGACCAAAGUAUCUCGGCGCUCUUGGAUCCGUAUUCGGGAUCUCGUCCGCCAUUGGGCCAGUACUCGGCGGAUAUCUGACUUCGAUCACAUGGCGCUGGUGCUUCUGGAUCAAUGUUCCAGCCGGUGGCCUCUCGCUAGUCUUGCUCGUCUUCUUGGCUCCAAGAACGCCGCCACCUGACAAGCGAGCGGACUCUUGGCUCAAGAAAAUAAAACAGUUGGAUCCUCUAGGAUCUUUCCUAGUAUCUCCAUCUAUAAUAUCUUUGCUGUUCGCUCUACAAUGGGGUGGCAUGAGAUAUGCGUGGGGUGAUAGACGCAUUGUUGCCCUAUUCGUCAUCUUCGGCGUCUUCGGACUCACCUUUAUUGCAUCGCAGGCCUGGCGCAAAGAGAAGGCGACAGUGCCGCCGCGAAUAUUCCUGAAUCGCACCAUCCUCUUCGGAAGCUUUGCGUGCCUAGGACUGGGAUCAGCGCUCGUGAUACUAACAUUCUAUUUGCCUAUUUGGUUUCAAGUUAUACAAGGCAAAUCACCCCAAAGCUCGGGGCUGUCUCUGCUUCCACUCCUUUUGAGUAUUGUUUUUGCCAUCGUAGGGUGUGGCAUUAUGACCAGCAUUAUUGGGUACUAUACGCCACCCAUUGUCAUUGGAAGUGGGAUCUUGAUCAUUGGCUGCUCAUUGAUUACAUUGUGGGGGCCUGAUACGGGCCCAGGCACUUGGAUCGGAUUUCAGAUCAUCACUGGAGUUGGGCUCGGUCUCGGACUCCAGCAGCCUAUUGUCGCAGCUCAAGCUGUUUUGUCAGAAAACGAUGUAGCGAUUGGUUUGUCGUUGCUCAACUUUGUCAAUUUUCUGGGAGGAACAAUCUUUGUUACAAUAUCUCAAACAUUGCUCCAGACACAGCUUGUGCGUGAACUGGGAGGACUCAUUCCAAACUUGGAUGCAUCCACUCUUGGUAACGGGGGAGCAACUUCCCUCCGCAGUUCAGUUCCACCCGAUAUGUUAUACGUUGUGUUUGACAAAUAUAACAAUUCAAUGAGAUCAAUUUGGUGCCUAGCAGGGGCUCUGGCAGGUGUAGGCUUUCUAGGUUCGCUGGGAAUGGAAUGGAGAAGCGUCAAGGUCAAGAAGGCUUCGACAGAUGGAAAUGAGGAUACAGGUAUGGAAUCAGUGUGA